GUACCUACCAUUUAUAAUAAAAGUAAACCGGGACUCCUAAUGGCGGACGAACUAAAAUGGUAAUCCGGGACUUCUAAUGGCGGACGGAUGGAGUAAAUGAAAGAUUCAAACCUACCAUUCGAUUGUAAGUACCAAACAAAAAUCACCCAAGAUCACUGCGCGAAAACGGAUAAUCAUGCACGGUUGCUCAAAAUUGAGAAAAUGCAUCACAAAUUGUGUUUUUAUCCGAAAAGUGGUUGAAUUUUUUUUUACUCCAUAUAAAUAAUGGAGAAAACCAAAACUCCAAUUUUUAAAAAUAAAUAGCAAAUUAUUUUAUAUUGCCUCCAUCCCACUAUAGUUGUAUUCUAUUUCUGGGUGGAUCGUCUCACUAUAGUUUAAAUGAUUUUUUAGCAAAAAUAAUGCAUUCGAACUAUCCUAAUUUAUUCUCUAUUUUGUACCUUGUUUUUUUCUUAUUUUCUAGAUACUACUUUAUUCUCUAUCUACAUGACUCACUUUAUAGUAAUUUAUAGUAGAAUGAGUACUAUUUUAUUUUAUUCAGAUUAAUCCUAAUAAUUCCUUUUGAAUCCAACUUUUCUUAUUUACUAUUCCAGCUGCAAUUAAUUAGUGCAAUUAAUUAUUUGACUCUAUAAUUAGUUAGGUUAUAAAUGAUUGGAGAAUGUCAAACAACCUUUUUAAUUUGUAUUGUUCUCAUUUCCAACGGUCACUAACAAAAUAAUGUGAAAUUUAGUUUAAAUAAAAAAUUGCAGACACCGAAAUCUGAGCUAUGUCUGAUGAGUGACAACUGAAAAUGGAGGCCCAGAAAAAUGCAUUGAGCUUGAAGCGGAAGAAAUGCGAGCAAUCCAACACUAAAAUCACCUCAAACUCAUCUUCUUCUGCUGCUUCAGCUGGAUCUCGAGAUGGCCGUUUGAGAUUUUUACUUUCUUCAAACACUUCUUCUGAUGCUUCUUCUUCGAGGGCUCGUGUGGAGAGAAAGCCCUCAUCUUUGCCCAAAUUGGGAAGCAAUUUCUCUGCGAAAUCGUUCAGAUCUAAAGAGAAUGAGCUUCCCAGAAAGCCCUUUUCCGAGGCGCCGAAGAAGAAGAAGCAGCAGUUGUGUGUUGACGGGAGGGGAAUUGGCAAAAUUAAGACGAAUCCCAUGUCUAAAACAGCUCAAAUGUUAAUGCUUUAUUGCGGUAGGGGGAAUCAAGUGAAGGGUUCUGAAGAAUUGGAGGGGAAGAAGUUGAGGAGUGAACCACAAUUUUUGAGUUCAACUCCCCCACGUGUUCGACGAAAUGCCGCAUUGGAAAAAUUGGAUUCGGGAGCAGCUGAAUGUGGCAAUUGCAGCGCUACUACGCCUCCGGUGGAAGUCUCUGUGUCUCCUCAAAUCCAAUCCAAGAUGUUCGUUUCGAAAUCUUCUGCAACUCCGGUUUGCUACGGUGCAGGCCACCUUCUCUCUGGAGUCACUGAUAAAAGGAAGUGCAGGCGAAGAGGGAGCUUGCGAGGAGGCUGUGAGAAGGUUACUCUCUUUGAUGAUGAGAAUGUGGUUGAUGAUUUGCAGGAUUCAUUGAUUCCUUUGCCUAGCGAGGCUUCGGUGCGCUGGCUGUCGUCGCCCUGCAAAGAGGGGGCCGAGGACCAGGGGCGUGAUUCGGGGAAUAAAUUAGAAGAUUGUGGUGAUGAUGCUCUUGCUCUUGAUUUAUCGUCUUCGCCUUCCACAUUGUGUGAGUUAGAAUGUGAUGACAGUGACUUCAGAAGCAGUGAGAUUUUUAAGCUUUCUCGUCGAAAAAUUUCAGGAAAUAACAUGUGUGAUCCUUUGUUAGCUGCUACUCCCAAUUCAGUUUCGAACGAUAAUGGUUUCGGUUUAGGAGAGGGGAAUAGUUCAGCAGUAUCUUUAGGUUCAUUAGGUAGUGGAAAUUUGAUUCAGACACCGGACUCUGAGUGUAGCUCGUAUGAGUCUUUUAGAAGGUGGAAUGUGGAGCUUGAUUCAAUAACAGAAACUCUAGAUGCAGUGAGUUUAUCUAGAUGUGAGAGAUUUGCAUACGCAGGGAUGGAUUCAUCUUCUCGUUCUACUGUUCCCGAGAUAAAUGUGCGUUCAUGGGAGUCGAGCUCGACAUUAGACAACUUGACACUCUCCCAGAUGAGGAUAUCAUGGAGGGAUGAGGAGAUUGAUGCUUAUGAUCAGCAGCUGAAGCCAUACCGACUGUCUCGUUCAGGAAGGGAAGAGAAAAAUAAACGUAAAGAGAAAGAUCCGUGGAUGGAUAAUGAUGUAUCACCAAUUCUUCUUGAGUAUGAACCUUGCAUUUCUACAGCACCUAAUGGAAAAGCAACCGGAGAUAGGCACGAUGGUUGUGCUGAGUCGAUAUGCACCAACGCGGGUGACUUGGCUGUCUCUUGUGAUUCGGAUUGGGCAACUAUCCAGAGUCGGGCCGUGUAGUGACAACUGUAAGACAUGAGCCAAAGGCGAUUUGACAUCGUCUCUACUAAAUUCAACAUGUUCUUCGAGGCUGUGAUCACAAGCUAGAUGUGAUGGCGAUGAAUGAAACCUCAAUAGACAGUCCUUUGAUGAUCGGUGACACUGACACCCCGUAGUUCUAUCUUCGUUUACAUUUCCACUUGAAAGAUGGAACUGCAACUUUAAGGUAUACCAUCGUUUAACUUAAUCCCUUCGGUUGAACUGUAAAUCGAACGUAUAUGAGCAAUUAUGUAGCAAUAGUUGUUGCUAUUUGAGCUAUGUACUCGUUGAGGAGAGGCCCAUUUUAGAUUUAUAUAGUAGUGGUUUUAGCUAUCUAUUUACACCGGUGAGAUAUUGUUGUAGUAAUACUAUUUAUUUUUCUUUCAUUUGCCGGCAGAGGAAGUGUGUAUUAUGCUUGAACUUGUUGGAAAAAUUGCACUUGUCCCAGUUCAUUUAUUCAUUGAGAUGCAAAUGAUCUUCAAAUACAUUUCUUGA